AUGGCCUCUUACCAACAAAAACUGAACCAAGCCAAACAGAAAUUAGAAUUAGCACAAUAUUACCUUUCCCUACAACCACUAUGCCAAGACUAUAUAGAACAGGAGAGAGAAGCUUUAUUGGAAGUGGAAAAGUGGAGUAAUGUAGAGGAACAGGUUCUAACGCAGAAGUCAAGAGCUACUUGGAUACAAUAUGGAGAUGCAAAUACGAAGUACUUCCAUGCCCAAUGGAAGAUGCGCACAACUGCUAACACAAUUAUUUCUGUCCAUAAUGAUGCAGGUAUCAGAAUCACAGAACCAAAACAAGUGGAAGAUCAUUUUCUUUCUUUCUUGAAGAAGCUGAUGGGAGAGUCAUCACAUGUUCUUCCUUGUCCAAAUGCUGAGGUGAUUAAGAAAGGGGCCUGUCUCUCAAGACAACAAGAAUUGGAGCUUAUCAAAACUGUUACAGUGGAGGAAAUAAUUGAUGUUAUCAAGAGCAUGCCAACUGACAAAGCACCAGGUGUUGAUGGAUUCCCAAUUGAAUUUUUCAAUCAACAAUGGGAGGAGGUAAAAGAUGAUGUGAUUACUGAUGUGCUGGACUUCUUCCAACCAGGGAAGUUACAUAAGGCUAUCAACUGUACUGUUAUCACUCUAAUCCCAAAAGUCACUAACCCCACCCAGGGAUACAACAGGAAAGGGAUCUCUGCAAGAUGUGUACUCAAGGUUGAUCUUAGGAAGGCAUAUUAUACUUUGGAUUGGUAUUUUCUUAAAAGGAUGCCGAUUGAACUGGAUUUUUUCAUUGAGUGGAUAAUGGAGUGUAUAACAACUGUCACCUACUCCUUAACACUAAAUGGAGGGCUCACUAAACCAUUUAGAGGUCAAAGGGGAACAAGGCAGGGUGACCCUAUGUCACCUUAUCUAUUUGUAGCAGACUUGCCUUCUAUUAGACUGCUCCAGCAAGCUUUUAUGAAGUUCUCAAAAGCCUCAGGUCUUCAAGCUAAUCCAGACAAGAAAUCAUACUGGGCACAAGUGUUUUUAUUGCCAAAGAAGAUAUUGAAAAUGAUUGAAGCCAUAUGUAGAACUUUCUUAUGGACAGGACAGGCAGAAAUCUCUAGGAGAGCACUGGUAGCUUGGGAUAAGAUAUGCUUGCCACAAACAAUGAGAGGUCUGAAUGUUAUCAAUCUAUAUAACUGGAACAAGGCAGCAGUGGAAAAAUAUUUAUGGGCAAUCACCAAGAAAAAAGAUUGCCUAUGGAUUAGAUGGAUCCAUUCUUACUACAUCAAGAACCAGAUCAUUGAUACCAUGUCCAUACCCAAGAAUGCAGCCUGGGUAGUGAGGAAAAUUAUUGAACUUAGGAAGCUUAUACUGGAACUACCUACCAUGCAAGGAGACUUACAUUCAAGACUGAUAACACUACAAAGCACAGAUAGGAGAUUCAGUAUAAAGAAGUUAUAUAAGUUGCAGACUCCUCAGGUCCAAAAGGUGUACUGGAAGUGUGUGAUUUUGCAACCUCAUAUAUAUCCUCGACACAAGUUCAAUUUAUGGUUGGCCAUUCAGGGGAGGUUACCAACUGUUGAGAGGCUACAGAAGAUGGGCAUUCAAGUUCCUUCAACUUGUGUUUUCUGUGUACUGGCUGAUGAACAUUUUGAGCAUCUUUUCUUUGACUGUACAUACACGAAGACUAUAUGGCAAAGACUAUUGAAUUGGUUGGGUGUCCAAGGCAGAUAA